CGACACCACUCUCCACCACAAGCACACUGCAUCACCACCAUCACGACUUGUCGCCUGCUACAGCAACGAGUCGACGAAGCGCGCAAGCCGAGUAACCCACGCGAUAAUCUGUCAGGUUCUCGAUCACAAAAAGCAGCAGGCAGCGCUUACAUUUCCAUCGAUUACGAGUUAGCCACGUCUGCGCAACAAACACCUGUGAUCCCGGCAAGCCCGCGACACUUCGACUCUACCUGGGCAGAUUCUCCGGGUUACCGGCGUAAACGACGCCCUGACUUCUACUGUGCCCGAAACUUGGACGCCUUUGCAACCAGAAGCUUUCACAUAUCCACCCGAGAUGGCAGCAGGACUCAAGACCAUCAUCGCGCUCUCCUUCGUCUUGGCGGUGGGCUUCCUCCUCGUCAUCUUGUCAUGCGCACUAUGGAAGGCAUACUACCCGCUGCUGGUGGUGGCCACCUACGUGUUGGCGCCCAUACCCAACUGGAUCUGCAGCCAUUGCGCCAAUCCGGACGACUUUGUUGAGAGCUCGGGCGCUGCGGUGUUGGAUCUGGGUCGCUUCUGCACUGGUUUCCUGGUCAUGAUGGGACUUGCUCUUCCAGUAGUUCUCGCAAACUCGGCCAUCAUCACGGUCCCGGCCAUGAUCAUGUCCGUUAUCGGUGGCCUGUUGAUCUAUGGCACCAUUAUCAGCUUUGCCAUGUUCUUCCAGGAAGAGCAAGACUUCUGACUAGCCGACCAAUGAUUUCGACCACGACAGAAUGGUCCAGAGUCUGAGACACACACAACAAUGACACAGAACUACAGAGAAGCAGCGACUUCCGGAGAGCGGUUGGGUGCGGAACCGAUUUACGCAUGGUGGGAGACCAUGAUUGUACAAGUGCCGGGACUUGGGCCGGAUGACAGCUAUGGGAUAUGAUCAAAUGGGUUUUGGGAAAGAGGCGAGCACUGGCUGAUGAAGCGCUUAUGGGCUGGGCUGGAUUUGGAUUAUUACGAGACAGUUAUGAGGUUGUUUUUUUGCGGUGAUCAUUCAUCUAGCGAGAGGGCUUGACGUCUUCUUUCUCUCCAUUUGCAAUGCAUCGCGUUGAAAAG